AUGCCGGGAGUCACCCCUCACCCCGCCGCCCAGCGGGCCGCGCGCGCAGCCCCACCAAUCAGAGGACGCCGCACCGCGCUGUCGUCUCCCGGUGGCCACGAGCAGGUCAUGAGAUCCAUGCGAGUCCUUGGGCCGCUCGCUCUGCGGUGUCGCUGGGCAGGUCCUAAGCAGCCCGGGAAGGCCUCUAGUCUGCUCUGGGCCUCGGGUCAGAGGCCGCCGCUGGGUUGGAGGCCGUUCCGCUCCUCGCAGGUGUCCUGCAAGCUGCCUGGUGGCGACCCGAGAGAGAGCGAUGCUGGCAGCUGCGCUGGAGCUGUUGGGGCGGAGGAGGAGGAGGAGGAUGACGACGAAGGCGUGGAGUUCGGGACGCUGUCUAAUAAAUUUUCCUCAAGAAAACAUUAUCACAAAGCCACCUCACACUUCCAUAAUUUAAAGCUUCAAGAAGAUGGAGAAGAAGAACCGGAAAGAAAACCUCGACGCGGACCUAAGAACACACCGUACUGGUACUUCUUAAAAUGCAAGGCUCUCAUCAAAGAGGAUAAGCUGGCAGAGGCUCUGGAGCUGUUUGAGGUGCAGAUGCUGAAGGAGGAGCGUGUGCAGCCAGAAGAAAGCAAUUACACAGUUCUCAUUGGUGGCUGUGGCAGAGUUGGCUAUGUGAAAAAGGCUUUCAGGCUCUACAAUGAUAUGAAGAAACGUGGCUUGACUCCCACUGAGGCCACAUACACAGCCCUGUUCAAUGCCUGUGCUGAGUCCCCAUGGAAGGACUCUGGGCUGCAGAGUGCCCUCAAACUGCACCAGCAGCUGAAGAGCAAGAACGAGGAGCUGAACCUGAUCACCUACCAUGCACUGCUGAAGGUCUGCGCCCUCUGCUCGGAUCUCAGGAUGUGCUUUGAUGUACUGAAGGAAAUUGUGCACAAGGGCCACGUUCUUACAGCUGAGACCUUCAGCUUCCUCCUCAUGAGCUGCAUAAAGGACAGUGAAAACGGCUUCCGAUACGCCCUACAGGCUGAAACCAAACCAGCUGCCCUGGACUGCCCCAGCACAGCCGACAGCAGGAAUGGCGCGUUGAUGACGAGAGGCCAGAACGAGAUGGAGCAGGCACAAGCAGACCUAAGCCAGAAGCUGCCCUUCUGCAACCUGCCCAACUUGCUGGAUUCCAGGAUACCCAAUGCAGAUGUGGUUUCCUUGGGCACAGUGACCACACCGUCCCAUCGCCUGGCUUUGAUGGGGGACGUGGAAGGCUUCUUGAAUAAAAUGAAAGAGGACAAUGCAGAACCCAACAUUAAAACAUUUACACUCCUGGCUGAACUGGUGGAACCCCAAAGCCCUUCAGAGUCCUCUUUGCUGGCAAGCUUAGAUAAGCAUAAAGUGAAAGUAGAUGUUACCUUCUUUAAUACUUUAAUAAGGAAGAAAAGUAAACAGGGAGACCUGGAAGGAGCAAAGAGAUCUGGUGUGACUCCCAACAAAUACAUCUACAGCACCCUCAUUGCUGCUGCUGUGAAGAAGCUGAAUUACAGUUACCUCACAGAGAUCCUGCGAGACAUGAGGAGAAACCAAGUGCCUCCCAAUGAAGUUAUCAUACGUCAGCUGGAGUUUGCAGCACAGUACCCUCCAAAAUUUGACAGGUACAAGUCAAAGAACCCCUACCUGGAGAAAAUCGACGGCUUCCGGGGCUACUACUAUCGGUGGUUAAAAUUCAUGGCAGGAGAGGAGACUCCCCACCCGUGGGAAAAAUACAGGACCACCACACAGGUGGCAGAUGAGGUAUGUGACCAGUAA